UUAUAAAAAUCAAAUUAUUCAAAAUUUCGAUCGGUGUGUGUGCAGUAAUUUUCCUUCGAAAUAGUCUCUAAAUUAAAACUUCCAACUAAUUUUUGGCUUUCAAAAUUAAUAGACAAAGUUAAGGACAAAUUACUGUAAUGCAGUCGUUAAUGAAUAGUAUUAAAUAUUCAUGUACCCGGUAUGUAGAUGCUACUAUUUACGUCAAGCGCUUUAAACAUGAAAUUCCUAAACGUUUACAAGGAAUACCUAAAGAAAAGUCGCCUAAGUUAGCUGCUAUGAUUGAGUAUUAUUAUCACACUGCAGCCGCUAAAGCCUAUGACUCACUUGUUAAGGACAUGGAAAAAUAUCCUCACAUGAGUGCUCAGCAACGCGAAGAGAGAGUAAAGGCAAUACUUAGACUGAUUGGCACGGUUAGUACAUGCCUUGAGGUGACAUUUCCUAUAAUUCGGAAGGAUGGUAAAUAUGAGUUAGUAACUGGUUAUAGAGCUCACCACUGCCGACAUCGUUUACCUGUAAAAGGUGGUAUACGAUAUGCUCAAGAUGUCAAUGCAGAUGAAGUUAAGGGUCUUAGCAGUAUUAUGACAUUUAAAAAUUCCUGUGUUAAUGUGCCGUUUGGUGGAUCGAAAGGUGGCAUAACUAUAGAUCCUAAAAAGUACAGUGUUGCUGAAUUACAGGUUAUUACCCGACGUUAUACAAUGGAGUUACUUAAACGUAACAUGAUUGGUCCUGGUAUCGAUGUCCCUGCCCCAGAUGUGAAUACUAGUCCCCGCGAAAUGAGCUGGAUAUGUGAUCAAUAUAUGAAAACAUUCGGCUAUAACGAUAUUAAUUCGCUGGCAAUUGUUACUGGUAAACCUAUACAUAAUGGCGGUAUACGUGGACGAGAAUCAGCAACUGGUCGUGGCGUUUGGAAAAGUGGUGACAUGUUUAUAAGUGACAAAGAAUGGAUGGAUGCAGUCAAUCUGAAACCCGGUUGGAAAGAUAAAACAGUAAUUGUUCAAGGUUUUGGUAAUGUUGGGUCGUUUGCUGCUAUAUUUGUACAUGACGCUGGUGCUAAAAUUAUUGGCAUAAAAGAAUUUGAUGUUUCUUUAUAUGAACCCAACGGUAUCAAUCCUCAUGAAGUUCUAGCUCAUAAAAUGAAAAAUAAAUCCGUAAAAGGAUUUGGUAAAGCUAAAGAAUUCUCAGGAGAUUUACUUACAGAAAAGUGUGAUAUCUUAAUGCCGUGUGCAACGCAAAAGGUACUGACCGGUGAAAACGCUGAUAAGGUGCAAGCUAAAAUAAUACUUGAAGGUGCAAAUGGACCUUCAACACCGGGAGCUGAUGAAAUAUUUGUGAAGAAGAAGAUACUUGUAGUGCCUGAUUUAUUCUGUAAUGCUGGUGGUGUUACUGUAUCAUACUUUGAAUAUUUGAAAAAUGUGAAUCAUGUUUCCUAUGGAAAAAUGACCAUUAAACGAGAGAACAGUAUGUUACACGAGUUAUUCAACUCUUUGAACAGUUCAGGUGGUGGAAAAUUCAAGCCAAACGAUAAGCUGAUAGCUAUACGUGAUUGUACAUCUGAAGCUGAAAUUGUUGAUGCAGCAUUACAAACCGUGAUGGAGGUAGCAGCUAGAGGUAUUAAGGAAACAGCCCACGAAUAUUCGACCUGUCUGGACAUACGCUCAGCUGCAUAUAUUUAUUCUGUGAAAAAGAUAUUCCAUGCAUUCGAAACAUCAGGCAUUUCACAACAGUAAUAAUGAUGUACCGGUUUUAAUGUAAUAAGUCCUUAUCCACUUAUCCGCUUUAAUUGUACACACACUACAAUCUUCACCUCACCUAUUUUGGAUUCUAAAAAUUUGCAGUUUACAUUUUGUUAAUUUCAACCUUCAAAAUUACAGUACGUAAAUAAAAAUCCUUUCAACAGACAUAA